AUGUCGAGAUAUGAUUAGCUUGCAGAUGGAUUUUGUGGUUUUUGUCCAUCAGGAUAAACUUGGAAACCUAAUAAUAUAUGUAAUGGUUGUUCAGAUACAUGCAACUGUGAUAAUAGUAAAAAAUAAUGCCUUUCAUGUAAAGAUAAAAGUAAAAAUUAGCUUAAUGUCGAAAGAAACACAUGCGAGCCAUGUUAGUUAGACUAAGGAUAUUACAUAGAUGGAUAAUUUUGCAAAUAAUGUAAUCUUAUUUGUAAGACAUGCAAAGGACCAUCUGAUAGUGAUUGUUUAUAAUGUAUUGAUGGAGUUAAAAAAUAUGAUGAUGGAAGUUGCAAAUAUAGCAAUUAAAAUCCUAAUGAUUGCGUUUCUCCUUACAAAUAAGAUAAAUCUUCAAAUUGCGUUUUAUGUAAUGAAGAUGGCUAGUAUGCUAAGGGUAAAAAUUGUGUUGAAUGUUAAGCUGAUUUAAAAUGUUAAAAGUGUUCACCUGAGACAUAGUGUACUUAAUGCUAUACAAAUAAACCUGAAAAAUACCUACAAGAUGGAAAAAAAUGCACUGAUUGUAAAUAAAAUGGCUACUUUAUCAAUUAAAGUUUAAGCAUUUGUGACAAUUGCAUUUAGAAUUGUGACAUAUGCAAUAACAAAUCUGAAUGCUAAAAAUGUAUUUCUGGCUUUUAUGUCUUAGAAGAUAAUAAAACUUGCUCUUAGUGCAAAUAAGAUGGAUACUACAUAGAUAAAUCAAAUUAAUUUUGCAAUAAAUGCCCACAGGAGAAGAAGUGCAAAAAAUGUAAUAAUGAUUUGAAAUGUACUGAAUGCUAAAGUGGCCUCUACCUUUAUAAUUCAGAUAACUGUAUUUCCUGUGGCGAAGGAUAUUUUUAAAAUGGAAAAAAUUGCUUUAAAUGCACUGAAAAUUGCUAAAUCUGUGCAGAUCAAAAUAAAUGUAAAAAGUGCUCAUAAAAUUUUUAUCUGUUCAAUAACGGAGCUUCUUGCAUACCUUGUAAUAGUUAAGGAUAAUUUUAAUAAAGCGAUACAUGCUAAUUAUGCGAUGCCUCUUGCUCUAAAUGUUAAGGAAUGACAUAAAAUGAUUGUUUAGAAUGCAAAGACUCAACGUAAUUUAGUUAUUAUGGAAAAUGUGAAGCCUGCUCAAGAGAUGGAGUUUUCCAAAGUGGUAGAUAAUGUUUUGAUUGUGCUUAAAAUUGUAAAUCUUGUACUGGAGUAGAAAUAGAGAAAUGCACGUAAUGCAUAGAUACAUUUAGCUUUUAGUAAGAUAAAAAAUGUAUAAUAUGCCCAACCUAGGAGAAAUAUUUUAUUGAUGGUAAUAACUUCUGUUUAAAGUGUCACGAUACAUGUUAAACAUGUUCUGAUGAAAAAGAAAUAUCCUGCAAGAAUUGUAUUGAUAAUUUAAUUCUAGAUAAAUAUGACCGCAAAUGCAAAAUAUGUAAUACUAAUAAUGGAUUCUUUGUAAAUAGUUAGAAUGAAUGCGAGAAAUGUCAUUCUACUUGCAAAUAAUGUGAUGGACCUUCUGACACAAAUUGCAAAGAGUGCAUUCAAAAUUUAAUCUUUUUAAACGGUAAAUGUAAGUGCUAAACUAAAAAUUGUUUGUAAUGUGAUCCUAAAUUUAAUUGUAAGACUUGCUCUAAUGAUUUAUCAUGCAACGAAUGUUAAGAUUCAUUCUUUAAAAAUAAAAAUAAUAUUUGUGUUCCUUGUACAGAAAGCGGCUUUUAUAAAAAAGAAAUGCAGUGCUUAGAGUGUAAAUAAGAAUUGAACUGCUUAUCAUGUGAAGAAGAUAAAUGCUUAAGUUGCAAAUAAACAAAUGAAUAUAUUCAAGAAGAUGGUAGUUGUGCUAUAUGCAAGGAAGAUGGAUACUUUGUUUAAGAUAAAUAUUGUAAAAAGUGUAACCCUUUAGCAAAAUGUAAAACUUGCAUAAAUAAAUCUGAAUGCUUAACUUGUUAUCCUCCUGAUAAUUUGUAAAAAGAUAAAACUUGUGGGUAAUGCUUGUAAGGUUAAUAUUCUGAUUUAGGACUUUGUAAACCAUGCAAACCAGAUUUUAAUUGCAAAACAUGUGAAAAUGGAAAUAGUUGUUCGUCGUGUCAUGAGAAUCUUUUUAUAGAUUUCUAAAAUAAAUGUUAAGAUUGUAAAGGAGAUGGUAUUUUUAUUGAAAAAACAACGAAUUAAUGCAUGAAAUGUAACGAAUUAAAGAAUUGUAAAGCAUGUGAAAAUAUAAAUGAUUGUAUUAGUUGCUCAAGUGGUAGUUUUUUACAUGAUGAUAAUUCAUGUAAACCAUGUGAUGAUGGAUACUUUAUUGAAGGUGAUAAUUGUAAAAAAUGUAAUUAAACAUCUUUAUUUUGUGCUACUUGCUCUAAAAUAGACUCUUGUGAUAGCUGCUUAGAAGGAUAUUAUUUGGAUUAAUAUAAAACAUGUGUCAAAUGUGAUUAAAAUGGAUAGUAUAAAGAAGGAAAAUAAUGCAAAAACUGUGAUCAAAAGUUAAAUUGUUUAACAUGUUCAAAUGGAAAUUCUUGUGAAACUUGUAAAGGCGAUGACAAAAUUCAAGAAGAUUUAAGAUGUUCUCCUUGUAUUUAAGGUUAUUUUGUCGAAGGUAAAUUUUGUAAAAAAUGCUAAGAAACUUUUAAAUGUUAAACUUGCUCUAGUUUUAAUGCAUGUGACAAAUGUUUCCCAGGUGAUUUUUUAAAACCUGAUAAAAGUUGUGGAAAGUGUUAAGAUGGCUUUUUCUAAAAUAUAAUCACUAAAAAUUGUGAUCCAUGUUAGUUAGAAUAAGGAUAUUACAUUGAAGGAUAAUUUUGCAAAAGAUGUAAUAAUAUUUGUAAGACAUGCAAAGGACCAUCUGAUAAUGAUUGUUUAUAGUGUAUUGAUGGAGCUAAAAAAUAUGAAGAUGGAAGUUGUAAAUAUAACAAUUAAAAUCCUAAUGAUUGCAUUUCUCCUUACAAAUAAGAUAAAUCUUCAAAUUGCGUUUUAUGUAAUUAAGAUGGAUAAUAUGCUAAGGAUAAAAAUUGUGUUGAGUGUUAAGCUGAUUUAAAAUGUUAAAAGUGUUCACCUGAGACAUAAUGUACUUAAUGCUCUUAGGGAUAUUUCUUAAAAGGAAACUUAUGUCAGUAAUGCCCACCUUAGAUGAACUGCUUAACUUGCAUAAAUGAAAACUCUUGUGAAUCUUGUGAACCAGGUAAAUUUAUUUAAAAGGAUGGAAAAUGCGAUAAAUGUGAAUAAGGAUAUUACAUAGAAAGUAAAUAUUGUAGAUAAUGUAAAAUUGGAUGUAGUAGCUGUAGAUCAUACUCUAAAUGUGAUUAAUGCAUGCCAUAAUUUUAUAAAUAAAAAACGGGAUGA